GAAAGUGGUGAGAGUCCGAGAACGAGGAAGGAAGAAGGAUCUGGGGGAUUCCAUGUCUUCGGAGACGAUCGACAGACCGACCGAGAAGAAAUUAGUCAGAUGGCGGUAGAGGAGACGUAGGCAGCAGCAGGAGGAGGAGGAGGAGGCCAUCGACGAAAGAGGUGCUCUGGCAGACGGCGAGUUGAAAGUGGAGUCGAGUCAAGUUGCAGCAAUUGGGGUGCGACUUUAAUCCAGGCAGUAGGAGAAGAGUGGUGCUCAGGGUAUUGGAUCAUUUUCGCGGAGGGAGGGAUAGGGAAAGGGAGAGGGAGGGAAGAGAGGAGAAGAGGAGUUGACAGAUUGAGCUAUUUGUCUGUUGAAACGAUCCGAGAGGAGGUUCAUUAGCCAGAUAGGAAGGAAGAAAGAGAUAUCUGCCGAGAGGAGCAGAGGCAAGGAAAGGGGAGGAGUUUAGGCCGUCAUCAAUCAGGGAGAGGAGGAAAGAGUUCUGCUAGUGUUUGUGACAGAUUUCUAUCCAACCUCGAGAGGAGAAGGGAAGGGAAGAGAAGGGAAGGGAAGGGAAAGGAAAGGGAAAGGGAAGCAAGGGGUCGAGAGGAUGCAAGGAGGGUACGGAGGCGGUGUGUAUCCUGCGCCACCGAUCCCACCGGAUUAUCCCUCGCUCUACGGAGGAAGCUCGACGACAUCGUAUGGAGGAUCAGCCCCUUCCGCGCCUGCUUAUACCCCGGCUGCACCUCCUGCUGCACCAGCUUAUCAUCAGCCCGUCCCUUCUAGCAAUUCUUCUCCUGCUUCUGGAGCUUACAAUUCUCAAUUUGCUCCGGAGUACAAUCAAUCUUACAAUUCUCCUUCUAAUUCAUAUGUCCCUUCUAUGCCCAAUCCGGACGCUUCUAACAAUCAACCGUCUUACAGCAAUUCAUACCCACCCUCCUAUGCGCCAGCAGUGCCGUCAUACCCAGCGGUGGUUCCUGCUUAUGAUAGAUCUUUUGAAUUUGGAUUAGGAUCCGCUCCUACCUCCACAUCGUUCGAUUCUUCUGCUCCCUCACAACGUUCGAAUUACGGGAAUGCAAGUUUUGGAGCAGCACCGCAGCCGGUAGGGCCUCCUGCUGGAUAUGAAAGCUAUAGUAACCAAGGACUGGGAGGCUACUCUCAGAGUGGUGAUGGAGAUAGUGGGCGAUUUGAUAUGUAUGGACAUCCCACAGGCUAUGGUCGAUCUGAAUCAGUGCACCCUAGCAAUGGAGGUGGAAGCGAUAGAAGUUAUGAUAAUGGAGGGUUCCGAGCCGUGUAUGCAUAUGAUGGAGGAGGCGUUGAGCCUUACGGAGCUCGAGGUUCUGGUGGAGACUCAUGGUCAUCGAGUGGUUCCAGCUACAAUUUUCAAAACGAAUUCUCGUCUUCAAAGCCCUACAAUGUAGCACGGGCUGCUCCCAAGUCAGAUGAGGAUUCGGAUUCAGGAGGUAUACAGAAGUUUCGUGUGAAGCUGCUACCCGAAACCAGGUCGUCAGACUCUGUGAAGGAUGUCAUAUGCCAGAUUGGACUUGAUGGUGUCAGAAUGGUUGAUCCCAGUACAAACAGAACACUUCGAAUAUAUCCACUAGUCACCAUCACCAGAUGGGAGGUCAUGGAGCCAUCUGUAUUCACAUUUUGGGCGAAGAGCUCGGUGGACGUCGAUCCCCGAACGAUUCAACUCCAGUCAAAUACAUAUACAACGACGGCAAUACUCGACACGUUAACGGCUGCAUGUGUGCAGCGUCAUGAAAUGGUUAAAGAUGAAGCAACCGAUAGCGGUACUUCAGGUGGUGGAUCGGUAGGUAACGAUCCAAACACAGCAAAGAAAAGCUCGGUCCUAGACUGGGUCGCUUUACGGCCGCGAGCUGCGAAUCCGGAGGAGAAGCAGCACUGGGUUCCAGAUGAAUUGGUUACAAAAUGUACAAGUUGUGAUACAGAUUUUGGAGCCUUCUUGCGACGGCACCAUUGCAGGAACUGCGGUGAGAUAUUCUGUGAUAAGUGUACACGCGGAAGGAUAGCUUUGAACACAGAUGAGGAUUCUCAACCUGUUCGCGUGUGUGACCGUUGUCUGGCGGAAAUAACUCAAAGGAUGGAGAACCCAAAACCAAACAACGCCAAGCUUCCCGCUUUAAGGACUCAUGAGGAUUUGGCCAAAAAAUUACAGGAGGAACUAGAGCGAAACAAUGCAGGGAGAAAGCCAGCCUUGGGCAGAAGUAGCAGCUCUGGCGCUGCUAGUUCAGGCCAAAGCACCUCAGUUGUCAACUGUAGCAAAUGCGGUUCUAUCACGUUAGUCACAGGCAGGAGUACUCGGUGUUCCAACUGUGAGACCAGCACACGCAGCGCUGCGCCUGCAAGGAGAAGCCCUGGUUUUAGUGGUUCUGCAGCUCCACAUGGUCCUCCCCACCUCUGGGCUACUAAUACACCAGCAUCUGAUGGACCUGGUCCAAGGAUGCGGGAGGUAGCUUGUCCAACAUGUACAGUUCAUCUUCAGGUGCAGGUUCCAAGCUUCGGCACCGAGACUGUUGAAUGCGGAGUUUGUCAACAUCCAUUCCUUGUCGCUGCUUAGAAUUUGAAUAUAAGUUGGUUGGAUUGAAGGUUCUUACGAUGUGGAGAGGUGUCAAUCCAUGAUGUGGUAACCACAUUGUACAUGCAAAUUGGAGAGGAACUAUACUUGGUCUCUCAGUGGUCUUCAUGGGAUUUGGCACUAUCUGCGAAGUGUUUUCAUCUACUUGGCUGUCAUUUCAUUGCACAUUCUAAGUAACAAUAGGGGGUCCAUGUUGAUUAAUAUUUGAUCACGUACUUAGAUUGGAAGCCGUAUUAGUAUUUCAUAACUUGUUUUAGAAUCCCAUAGGUAACUUGUGCAGCAGGCUCUUUUAGGAAAAUCGCAGGUACUCGUUCUUAUACAAUCCACAAUGCCAUGGGUAACAACAAGAAUCACGCGUAGUGCGUGCGAUCAGGUUCUGAAGGCCGCUCUAUGGGACAAAAUCCUCAUGAAUGAACGUUCAGCCCAGCAAGAAUCUGCAAGCCUGAAACGACUGUCAAUGAGUUGUCGCGAAGCAUUAAUUAGGUACAUAGCUUUUGACUCGAGUAUAUCUCAAUAUUUAUGUUGAGACAAAGAAAGGCAAAGAUGACAUAUUUCAUGCCUUUUGUUGGGGAAUAAGGUAGCGUUUGUCAUCAGCAUUUGGGUGACGUCAUCGUGAAGGUCGUGCACGUUUUAGAACAAGCUGUCAUUUAACAUUGUGCCAAUUACAACAGCAAAAUUCAUAAGUGUGCCCACAUUACAGUUCUCAUGAGAACCAUGUUAGUGCGGCUUUGUAACAUCUGAUUUGCCCCGACCAUUGCCUCCAGGAAGACCGUAGCAGGUAACAACUUAUUUGCUGUCUUGAUCUUGUCAGAAAUUCUACAAUGGUCAAGAAUAUUAUCGUAUUUGCGCCGUCCAGGUACUGCUUUUAGUGUCUGUAUAGUGGGGCCUGCGAUCUUGUACCGUUAAAGCUCAACAGGAUUGCACCUAAUAGGUCCAGUUUUAAAAGUUAGUGCAGUUUCUGCGUUUGGGUUACUAGAGGCUCACCUAGAAGGAAAGUGGACCUCUUUUGAGGAUCGCUCUUGUAGAACCUCGACCACUCGAAAUAUUCAUAAUUGU